AUGGUACUUGUGGAAUUAAUUGGAGCUUUUAUUGUUGUCUUGAGCAUUGUGUACAUUUAUUAUAAAUAUGUGAUAUUUAAUUUUUGGCGCAAGAGAGGUGUUUUUUAUAUCGAACCUGUUGUACCAACUGGAAAUGUAACACCACUUGUAACUGGAAAAACGCAAGUAGGUGUAUUCUUCCAUGAUGCCUACUUGAAAUAUAAGAAUCAUCGUGCAUUUGGAAUGUAUACACUUUUUAUGCCAAAUUUGGUAAUCGCUGAUCUCGAUCUUGUACGAACGGUGUUGACAAAGGAAUUCAAGUCUUUUCAUGAUCGUGGAAUGUAUUGUAACGAAAAGAUUGAUCCAUUGACUGACCAUUUGUUUCUUAUGUCUGGAAAAAGAUGGCGAAAUAUGCGCGUUAAGAUGACACCAACAUUUACUUCAGGAAAAAUGAAGCAGAUGUUUGUUAUUCUGAAGGAGUGUGGCGAAGAACUUGCAAAGUAUCUGGAUAGUAAAGCUCAAACACGAGAUUCCAUUGAAAUAAAAGAUACAUUUGGAAGAUAUACAACAGACGUAAUCAUGUCAGCCGCUUUUGGUAUCAAAUCUAACUGUAUUGAGGAACCUAAUAAUGAGUAUCGCGUCCAAGGAAAAAAAAUUUUUGAUGUAAAUUCUAUUAAGCUCGCUAUGUUCUUUUUUGCUCCGCAAAUCUUGGACUUCUUUUCUAUUCCUUUCACGGAACGAUCUGUCACUGACUUUUAUAUGAAAAUGUUUCGAGAAACUGUGGAAUACAGGCAAGCUAAUCAAAUCGUCAGACCUGACUUUAUGAACUUGCUUAUACAACUCAUGGAGAGGGGCUACGUUGAUCCUGAAGAUGACAGAAAAACUACCGUAUCAUCAAACAUAAGUAAGCUCACUAUGGCAGAAGCUACUGCGCAAGGUUUUGUAUUCUUUGCAGCUGGCUUUGAAACUUCUUCAUCAACCGCAACAUUUGCUUUAUACGAAUUAGCUCAAUACCAAGAUAUGCAAGACAAAGUUAGCAAUGAAAUUAAUGAAAUAUUAGCUAAACAUGGUGGUUUAACCUACGAUGCUGUAAACGACAUGACAUAUCUUCACAAAAUAUUAAAUGAAACUUUGAGAAAAUAUCCACCUCUUCCUAUCUUGAACCGAAUUUGUACUGAGGAAAUAAACCUACCAACUACAAACAUUCGCUUGCCAAAGGGAACGUUAAUAACUAUACCGUUACUUGGAAUACAUAGAGAUCCGUCGAUAUAUCCAGACCCGGAUAAAUUUGAUCCUGAGCGUUUCAACGCAGACAAAGUAGAAAAAAGGCAUCCUUACGCUUUCAUACCAUUCGGCGAAGGCCCACGAAACUGCAUUGGUUCACGAUUUGGAUAUUUACAAACGAAAGUUGGACUCGUAUAUCUUUUGUCAAAAUAUAAAUUCAAACUUCAUUCCCGGACUCCAGUGCCGCUUGUUUUCAGUGAAAGAUCUGCGGUUCUUGCAACAAAGAGUGGUGUUUAUCUGACUAUUGAACCACGAUAAAAUAAUCUUCUUUUUACGUAGGAACUAACAAUAUUUCUCUUAACUUGAUCAUACGGAAAAAAAUUCUUUACAUACAAUUAUAUAUCAAAUAUGACCAUAUAUAUGUAAAUACAUACAAUUAUAAAUAUUUCCAUUCAUAUAUAAUUAUAUGUAUUUAUAUAUGUAAAUCUACAUGAACAUAUUUCAUAUACAAUUUUUUAUAUAAAAAAUUUUUUCCCCCAUAUUUAUCAUAUUAAGUAUCAUAUUUUUCCUGGGCGGGUAUUUGUGAAAAAUUAAUAAUAAAACUAAUCUUUUUAACAAAACAAUAAAACAAGGGUUAAGGCUCUUAUAAUUAAAAUAAAAUAAAGAAUAGUGAGCUCAAGAGCCACGCAGGAUGUCGGGUGCAAAUAAAUAACGAAAGACUUCAAUGUCAAGCAGGCAAACGUUUCGACCUUUAAUAACGGUCUUCUUCAGUGAUAAUACAAGUCAAAAAGAUAGAGAUUACAUCUUAUUAUAGCGUCUUAGCAUAAUGAUAUUGUGAACAACCUCACAGAGCGUGUGCCGAGACAAGAGUUUUGUGAAACAACAUCGAUU